GAUGUCUUUCUGAAGAUGAGACACAGAAAGUGGAAAUAAUUAUUGAUGAUGAUGAGGGUGAGGAGAAGGAGGAGGAGAUUAAUGACUGGAUUCCACCUACUGACAAACUAGUUGAGGUACAAAAGGAAUCAAAGUGCGGUUCUUGCAAGCAGUGCUUUCUUUGCUGUCACAGGUUGUUAAAAUACAACCUUUAUUCUGCAGCUUAUGAAAAUCUUUCGAUCACCUACGAGUACCUGUUGACCCUUUCUUUUACACAAGUGUCACGUGAGAGAGCAUUCAGCAAGCUAAAACUCAUCAAGACCCGACUGCGAGCCACAAUGGGACAAGAACUGCUUGAUGCUCUAAUGCUUAUGUCAGUGGAGAGAGAUCUUGUGGAACAGGUCCAGUUUCUAGAUGUAUUGGAAAUUAUUCGUCAAAGUUCUUCCUUGAUGAGGUUUUUGCCAACCAUUUGA